UUGGGUUCCACCUGGGACUAUGGUCCGCUGGGGGUCGAACUCAAGCGCAACGUCAAAGAAGCGUGGUGGCGCGCGGUCGUUGUGGAGCGGGACGAUGUUGUGGGAUUGGAUGCGGCCAUCCUGAUGCACCCUCGCGUCUGGGAAGCCAGCGGCCACGUCGAGAAUUUUUCCGAUCCAUUGGUGGAAUGUCGCCAGUGCCAUCACCGCUUCCGGGAAGACCAGCUGGAAACCAACCGCUGCCCGGAGUGCAACGGUGAGUUGACCGAGCCACGGCGAUUUAAUCUGAUGUUCCGCACGUUCAUGGGGCCGGUGGAAGACUCCGGCAGCGAGAUAUAUUUGCGACCCGAAACUGCCCAGGGCAUCUUCGUCAACUUCCAGAACGUGCAAACAGCCACCCGUAAAAAGCUGCCGUUCGGGAUCGGCCAGAUUGGAAAGGCCUUUCGCAAUGAGAUUACCCCGGGCAACUUCACUUUCCGAACCAGAGAAUUCGAGCAGAUGGAGGUGGAGUUCUUCGUAGAACCCGGCUCCGACGAGGACUGGCUGCAGCGCUGGGUGCAGGAUCGGUUCAACUGGUAUGUAGGCUACGGUAUCCGCGCCGAGAACCUGCGCCUUCGGGAACACGCCAGCGACGAACUGGCCCACUACGCCAAGGCUACUUUCGAUAUUGAAUACCGCUUCCCCUGGGGCUGGGGUGAACUGGAAGGUAUCGCCAACCGAGCCGAUUUCGACCUCGGUCGCCACACCGAGUUCAGCGGUCAGGACCUGUCAUACUUUGACGACGCAACCCGUGAGAGAUACCUCCCUUACGUUAUCGAACCCUCCGGUGGAGUGGAUCGGGCCACGCUGGCUUUUUUUGGCUCGACAGCUACGACGAAGAACCGGACGGCAACGAUACCCGAACCGUCCUGCACCUGCAUCGCGCGUUGGCUCCGGUAA